GGGCGCGGGCCAUGCCGAAGUCGUGCGCCGCCCGCCACUGCUGCAACCGCUACAGCAGCCGCACGAAGCAGCUCACCUUCCACCGGUUUCCGUUCAGCCGGCCAGAGCUGUUGAAGGAAUGGGUAUUGAACAUCGGCCGGAGCAACUUCAAACCCAAGCAGCACACCGUCAUCUGCUCUGAGCACUUCAAACCCGAGUGCUUCAGCGCCUUCGGGAACCGCAAAAACCUGAAGCAGAAUGCAGUGCCCACGGUGUUCGCUUUUCGGGAGGCUGUGCAGGACUUCCCAACUGCAGUGGCCGAGAGCAGAGGGAGCAGCCCCGGAAGGGAUGUGGAAAUCGCAUUUUGUGAAGAGCGACAGUUACUUACUGGUGCUGAGGCCCCUGACAAUGAGGCCUUUCUCUGCGGAGCCACUGAAGUGGCAUCUCGCCUCCUGCCUCCUACACCCGCUGAGGCAAGAGGCUCAGCCCCAGUUCAGACUGCGGAUCACAGCUACGCCCUCUUGGACUGCGAGUCACUGAAAAGAAAGUUCCUCCUCACGCUGGAGGAGAACGAGAGGCUUCGGAGGCGUUUGAAGGUGCAGAGGCAGGAGGUCCGGAGGCUGACCGGCUGCCUGAGGGCCUGCAGCUGCCUCGGGGCCCGCGAGGUGAAGCGGCCGCCGCCGCCGUGGCGGAGGAGGAGACCGCAGGCCCGAGGGCCGCCCGGGAAGCGGAGACUGCGGGCCCGAGAGCGGCCCGGGACCGGAACCUAGCCUGAAGCCCCCGACCUCUCUCUCCAGUCGGUCAGUCGUAUUUAUCGAGCACUUACCUUGUGCAGAGCACCGUACUAAGCUCUUGGGAGAGUACAGUGUAAGAGAGGCGCUCCUCCCUUAACUCACCUGUGCCGUGAGGGAGUGGUGGCGGGUGGCAGGUGGUCCGGUGGAGAGGAGAGAAGAUGCAAGGGAGGGAUGGGAGCAGAGAAGUUGUACAGACUGGAUUGACACCCCCCCCCCCCCCCCCGGAGGUCAGAGAUGGGGGAGGCCGAAAUCUGCGGAGGAUGAGGCCGAGGGGGCAGAAUCCACGAUGUGUAAGUGGGCGUGCGGAUUGAGGGCGGUGCCGGACAGAGCCUCUGGGCCGGGAUCAGCCUGCCCCGGAGCCUAUUCGGCUCCGCCUGGUUGAGCGCCUGUUCCAGAUUUGAACAGGGGUCAAGGAGCAGAUGCAAGCGGGGGCUGAGACACCCUUCACCCCCUUUCCCAAGACGGAGACCGGGGCUCCAAAUCAGAUUGCACCCUCGGGACUGGGCGGGGGCUGAAGAAGCAGCUUUUCCCAAAGUCUGGGAGAGAUCAAGCCGUUUCCCGGAUCCAUUCCUUUCCCUCAGCGGCUACCUUCCCCCCGUUUGGGCCCUUGUCCUGUGCCUGUGAUGGUAACCCUGACUACCAUUCCAGCCCCCUCACCGUUCAGGCCGUACUUGGCAUUGUUGCCCAGAUCAUCUUCCCAAAACAUUAUGCUGCACAUCUCCCCCGCCCCUCGAUAUCCCCUACUUCCAACGUAACUUCCCUCGCCUCGAAUCCGAGCUCAGCAUUAGGUUCCCGGCGGUCUGCUCCCGCACUCCAUCUUACCUAUCUACUUUUCGCCCGCCCCACCGUCGGCUCACCCGUUUCCGUCCUCCCGCUCUCACCUAAAAGUACCUCGCUCUCAUCUCUCCUCCCUCUGGCCCCUCCUGGUUCAAUCUUUCCCCCUGGCUUGGAACUCCUUCCCUCCCCUGAAAAAAAAAACUACCACACCUCAGCGGUCACCUCCAGCACUGAUCUAUUUAUUCCUAUCUAUCCAUCUACCACCCUCACAUAUAUGUAUAGUCACUUUUUUACUAUCCUCUUUGUAAAUAUCUCUACGUCCAUCUUCCCCCAUAAGAGCCUAAGCUCCUGGGGUGGGGACAGCGAUUGUGUCUUGUGUUUCUGUUGUACUUUCCACAGGUGUUGCAUUUAACGGAUGCUCAGUAAGUCUCCUUUUCAGCUAUCGUUCCUGGUGAUGGGCUCUCCCUUCAGGAAAGACAGACGGGCCUCCGUCUUGAAACUCCAGGACCCAAUAAUCAUCGCAAAGACAUUGCUUUUAGGGUUAAUGGCCUGUUAAGCACCACUCACGUUUUGGUCCUGCCAGUCAUGUUCCUGCCGGGGCCCGGGGCGCGGUGAGCGAGUGGAGCGAGUCCUCUGAUGAUGAUAUUUGUGGUAUAUGUUAAUUACUAUGUGCUAGGCAGUGCACUAUGCACUGGGGUAGAUACGAGA